UCUGAGUUUGAGGUUAUAGUUUCAAAAUCAAUGUGUUUACGAAGAGGUUAGGUAAUGAGAUUUCAAUACGUACAUGAGCAAAUCUGUAGUAAUAUUUAGUGUAUUGUUUGAAAGUAUUUUGCAAAUAUUACUGAAUAAAUAUCCAAAUAUAUUGGAUGUUUAUUAUAAUAUUAAUACACAGUGCUAGUAUAUUGCGAUUGUGAACAUUUUUUAUACAAAGAUGGGAAGUUUAGUAGGCAUACGUUUCUGUGCUAGUACUAAGUUGAGAAAUUAUGCAGCAAUCUCAAUAUUGAAACCAAUGAAAAACUAUCCACAUUAUUGUUAUUCAUCGAACAAAGGAAUACAUUGUCUUCAUAAUCAGCAAAGGUCACUGCAAAUCAUUCAGUGUUGUAGGAUUUUAAAUCUUUCCCAUUGCAAUUGUAUCAAAGCGAGCGACGCAAGAGACUUUUCUACGACCUCUGUAUUGGGAAAAAGUAAGAAUCGCGGCGAAAAGAAGACAAAGAUACAGCGCAUUGAUUACAAUGAGUUUGAACAAGUUGUUGAUGUCAAUAAAUUGGUAUCUCAAUUCGACAAGACAAUUGAAAAAUUAAAAGAUGAUUUUACUCAACAUUUGUCGAUAAGAUCAAAUACAGGAGCCAUUGAGACGCUGCCUAUUAAGUUCGAAGGAAAUGAUUACACAUUGCAAGAGCUUGCGCAAAUUAGUCGUAAGCCUAAAUUGAUAGUGCUGAAUGUAUCUACCUUUCCGCAAGCUAUCCCAAAUAUUUUGAAAAGCCUUACCGAAAAUCAGAUGAAUCUAAAUCCGCAGCAAGAUGGGACUGCAAUCUAUAUUCCUGUUCCUAAAGUAACAAAGGAACACAGACAAAUUUUAUCCAAGAAUGCAAAAAGCUUUUAUGUGAAAUGUUGCGACAGCAUUAGAGACAUACGCAAUAAACAAAUAAAGAAAAUAAGGCAAAAGGAAGAGCUAGCUAAAGAUCUAGUGUUCAGAAUAGAAAAUUAUGUAGAUAUUUUAAAUCAUCAGUAUGUAAGCAAGGCUGAACAAAUGUUAGAAACCAAACAAAAAGAGUUAGUAGGUGAUGCUGAAUAAACUUGUUUUCGACAAUUUGCAAUUUUGAAUUUGAAUUAUAUUGCUAGUUACUGUAUGCAAAGAUAUAUAAUAUUUAAUUAUGUAAUAAAAA